AUGGUUGCCGGCGAACCAUGUCAGAUUACCAAGGCUAUGUUUGGUCAAGUUCACUGUACAACAUCGGCAACAGCUGAGAUGUCAUAUGGACCACUUGUAAUCACCAUUGACAAUGCUGUUAGAACUAGUGAUGAGAACUACAAUUAUACGACUGAUCCUCAGAUUUACGAUAUCAACCCAAAAAAAGGCUUCCUCAGUGGUGGGGUGAUGCUGGUAGUCAAAGGUCAUAAUUUACAUAUUGUAACAGAGAGUAUACUUGAAGCUACUGUCAUGACAAGUAGUGGACCUGAUACACUGAGAGAGGUAUGUGAAGCAGCAAAGGAUGGUUUGUCAAUGUCAUGUAAAACACCAAACAUUGGAGUUACUGGUUUAACUGCAUCAAAGGAUGAACCAGUUGAAGCCGUGAUAGCAUUUCAUCUAGAUGGUGUGGUGGCACCAUUGGCUGAUGGGAGUCCAAGCUGGGGAACUUUCUCUUAUUAUCCCGACCCAGUAUAUUUUAAGUUCCCAGAACCAAGCUAUAUCAGGCAGUUGACUGACGAUAAGAUUCCACUGUAUAUUGAUGGAAUUCAUUUGAAUUUAUCAAGCACAGUUUCUGAUGUGACGGUUGUCGUUGGUAACGAUAACUGCAACGUGACCCACUUGCUGUAUGAUACAUGUAUCUGUAUUCCACCACUGCGACAGAAUGACACCAAGUUGAAUGAGCCAAGGCGGAAAGUUGAGGUGUUUGUCGGAAACUUGGAGUUCUUCAUUGGAUAUUUGCAGUACGUGGAUAAGGUUGAGAAAAGUAGCAGCUGGAAACUCAUUGUGUCGGUUAUGAUGGGCCUUUUACUUAUCAUCGUCCUUGGUAUAUUAUACUGGCGAUAUCGACUGAUGAAGAGGCAGAAACAAAAGGAUUUGUAUGUGAAAGAGGAUAUUGAAAAUGAUUUCAGAGUGAUAUACCGAGCUCAUAGUGGUUCGCCUUACCGUAGCAGUAGAGUGGCCAGAAAUACUUAUCUUUCUGACAAUGGUGCUUGUGGAAGUGCCGAAGAACAUGCUUCAUUGUUAUCUCAAAUAGAUAAAGAUUUAGCUUUGAAUAUCAGCGACGUAUUGAUAGAAAGGCGAAAUCUGGAAUUGUGCGAAUUGAUUGGACGAGUGUUAAGCCAUAGUCUGGUGACCAUGUUGAAUUUAAACAAAGAUUUCUAA